AUGGCCACCACCCUUCUACGACGGACGGCCGGUAUCGCUCGCGCCACCAGAAAUGCAACUGAUCUCUUUGGGGUAUCGCGAUCAAUCUAUCCCAAUCAUACAAGGCCGCAGCUCUGGUCGCUGAUCAAAACCCGCCAAACGCGGUCAUAUGCCUCGGUGAAUCCCGGGGAUCCGAAACGUACGGACAACAAGAACAAGAACAACAAGGAGAAGAACGAUGCUGAAUCGAAGCCGUCCGAAAAUAAUAAAGAGAAUAACAACGACCAUGGUCAGAAACCCAAGUUCCCCCCGGGUAGUUUGUUGGAUCGGUUCUCGAAUUACAUCGAUGGCUUGCAAGAGGCCAAGACACUCACCAAAAGCGAAGAGGGACUUUUGAUUAGUCUCCGAGAUCAUUGGAGCCAGCGGGGCGAAGUGCCAAAGGAAAUCGAGGAUUUCAUUAAGAAACACUUGGACGAAAGGCAGCCGGUCUCACUCGCCCAAUGGAGUGAGUUCAUGAAGGUGCUUAACAAAUACGAGUCUGGGAAGGGCUUUGAUGAAAUGAGAAAGAGUUUCUUUCAAGGCUCUCAAAAACCCCAAGACGGCAAGCAAAAAAAAACCGAUGGCAAAGAUCAGAAUCCAAACGGCGGCCCGAAGAUUCACGAGUUCAAAUUCGACCCCAGCAAUUUCAUUGUCGCCUCUAUAAUCUCGUAUUUCACCUACACGAUGCUUUUCCCCGGAGAAGCCAGCAGAGAUAUCACUUGGCAAGAAUUUAGAGCAAACUUCUUCGACAAAGGCUUGGUUGAAAAGCUGACGGUGCUUAACCGUAAUCGCGUCCGAGUCGAUCUCAUUCGGGAUGCCGUCGCAGGCGAAUACCCGGAUUCUCCUGCCUCGCAACGAAACUUCCACUACUACUUCACAAUCGGCUCUGUUGAUUCCUUUGAGCGUAAACUCGAAGAAGCUCACAUGGAACUCGGAAUUCCCAGCUCGCAACGGAUCCCUGUGGCGUAUGUCGACGAGGUCCCUUGGUUUGCAACGGCUUUGUCUUUUGGGCCUACCCUACUCCUGAUUGGAUCAGUUUUCUAUUUCUCUAGAAGAGCUGGGGGUGGAGGUGGCGGCCAGAGUGGCCUUUUUGGUAUUGGCAAGAGUCGUGCCAGGCGGUUCAACCAGGAGACCGAUGUCAAGAUUCGAUUUGCAGACGUCGCCGGUAUGGACGAGGCCAAGCUUGAGAUCAUGGAGUUUGUCAGCUUUUUGAAAGAACCCGAGAGGUUUGAGAAGCUCGGAGCCAAGAUUCCUCGAGGCGCUAUCCUCUCCGGACCUCCUGGUACGGGUAAGACUCUGCUAGCCAAGGCCACCGCUGGUGAGUCCGGUGUGCCAUUCUUCAGCGUCAGUGGUUCCGAGUUCGUUGAAAUGUUCGUUGGUGUUGGUCCAUCCCGUGUUCGUGACCUUUUCGCCAACGCUCGCAAAAACACGCCAUGCAUUAUUUUCAUCGACGAAAUUGAUGCCAUUGGUAAAUCGAGAUCCAAGUCGCAAUUUGGCGGAGGCAACGAUGAGCGUGAAAGCACCCUUAAUCAGAUCCUGACGGAAAUGGAUGGUUUCAACACGUCGGAACAGGUUGUUGUUUUGGCUGGUACUAACCGACCCGACGUUCUUGACAAGGCUCUGAUGCGUCCUGGCCGAUUCGACCGACACAUUGGCAUUGAUCGACCAACAAUGAAAGGAAGAAGGCAAAUUUUUGCUGUGCACCUGAAAAAGAUUGUUACCAAGGUGGAUCUGGAAUACCUUUGUGGACGCCUUGCUGCCCUCACCCCUGGGUUCUCCGGAGCAGACAUUGCAAACUGUGUCAAUGAAGCCGCAUUAGUUGCUGCUCGUGGAAUGGCUGAUAGCGUGACCAUGAAGCACUUUGAACAGGCAAUUGAAAGAGUUAUCGUCGGCCUGGAAAAGAAGUCCUUGGUGUUAUCUCCAGAGGAAAAGCGGGUGGUCGCCUACCAUGAGGCAGGCCAUGCCAUUUGUGGCUGGUAUUUGCAAUGGGCAGAUCCUCUCCUCAAAGUCUCCAUCAUUCCCCGGGGACAGGGAGCGUUGGGUUAUGCACAGUACCUCCCAUCCGGCGAGAACUAUUUGCUGAAUGUCAACCAACUCAUGGAUCGUAUGGCCAUGACUCUGGGUGGACGGAUCAGUGAAGAGCUUCAUUUUGAGACAGUCACGAGUGGCGCUUCUGACGAUUUCAACAAAGUCACUCGCAUGGCUACUAUGAUGGUUACCAAAUACGGUAUGUCGAAGAAAAUCGGACCACUCCAUUACGAGGAAGACCAGCAGCAACUUCACAAGCCCUUUUCCGAGGAGACCGCACGCAAUAUCGAUACAGAAGUUCGCCGGAUUGUUGAUCAAGCCUACGACUUGUGUAUGAAGUUGUUGACCGAGAAGAAAAAGGAAGUGGGACUGGUUGCGGAAGAGCUCUUGUCCAAGGAGAUGCUUGUGCGAGACGACAUGAUCCGCCUUCUGGGUCCUCGGCCAUUCCCUGAUAACAAAGAGUUUGCCAAAUACUUUGGCAGCGACGGCACUUUGGCUCCGCCAGAGCCCCCUCUAUCGGAUGAGGGCACUGUUGGAAAGGACGGCCGGGACGAGACUCCUCAUCCUAUCUAG